AACCAAAACCUAAGCAAUGGCGUGGUUGGUGAGAAAUAUACAUGCUCUCCUUUCAUGUUUCUUCUUUUCCAACAAUUAUUUUAUACGCAAGUGGCCCGGUUCUAUAUAGAAGAAGAAGAGUAUUAAUUACAUAAUGACGAAGAUAGUCAAGACAAAAAAAUGGAGUUGUUAAGUUCGUGACAACCAGUAUUGUGGACGUACAUGGGAUUGGGACAUAAAGCGAUGUAAACGGAGUUAUUGAGUGAAAGUCAAGGGUAUGGUAUUGGAGUUGAAAUGAAAGAGGAUUACAAUGUUUUAAAAUAAUUGACGCAUGCAUGGUGGUUUAAUGAUUAGAUAACUUUCCAGAAGAUCGGCGAUGGGAGAGAGAGACGACGAAACAGGAGGUGUAGAGAAGGCAAAGAUUCCUUUGUUAAGGGAUCGAAAUGAAGCGGGGGAAGACGGAGAUAUACUGGUGGAGACGAAGAAGCUAUGGCGUAUCGUUGGACCAGCCAUAUUCACCAGAAUCACCACCUACUUGAUCCUCGUCAUUACUCAGGCCUUUGCCGGCCACCUCGGCGAGCUUGAACUCGCCGCUAUCUCCAUCGUUAACAACGUCAUCAUCGGUUUCAACUUCGGCCUCCUUCUAGGAAUGGCUAGUGCGUUGGAAACGCUGUGUGGUCAAGCGUUCGGAGCGAAAAAAUAUAACAUGUUAGGAGUGUAUUUGCAGCGGUCUUGGAUUGUUCUCUUCUUUUUGGCUAUCUUGCUUCUCCCUGUGUACUUCUUUGCAACUCCGAUUCUUAAGUACUUGGGCCAGCCUGAUGACAUCGCCGAACUCUCUGGUACCAUCGCAGUUCGGGUUAUUCCUAUCCAUUUCGCAUUUGCCUUCGUUUUCCCUCUCAACCGAUUCCUCCAAUGCCAGCUCAGGAAUGUGGUGAUUGCAAUAGCAUCUGGAGUGGCACUUGUAGUUCACAUAUUUGUGUGCUGGCUUUUUGUGUAUGUUCUUGAACUAGGAGUCAUUGGGACCAUGGCUACUGUUAACGUCUCAUGGUGGUUCAAUUUACUCGUCUUAUUUACUUACACCACUUGCGGUGGUUGUCCGCUCACUUGGACUGGUUUCUCCAUCGAAGCUUUCACAGGACUAUGGGAAUUCGCUAAGCUCUCUGUCUCCUCCGGUAUUAUGAUUUGCUUGGAGAAUUGGUAUUAUAAGAUUUUAAUCCUGAUGACUGGAAAUCUGAAGGAUACAAAAAUUGCUGUCGACUCCCUGGCUAUAUGCAUGUCGAUAAAUGGACUGGAGCUGAUGAUUCCACUUGCUUUCCUCGCUGGGACCGGCGUACGAGUGGCAAAUGAACUAGGAGCAGGCAGUGGGAAACGAGCGAGAUUUGCAAUGAUCGUAUCAGUGACACAGUCCUUGCUCAUCGGAAUAAUAUUUUCGGUGCUAGUUAUAUUUCUUCAUGAUCAAAUCGGUUGGAUCUUCUCUUCAAGUGAAACCGUCAUAAAAGCAGUCAAUGAUCUCUCUAUUCUUUUAGCUUUUACCAUUCUUCUCAACAGUGUCCAACCGGUUCUUUCCGGUGUUGCCAUUGGUUCAGGUUGGCAAUCAUUCGUCGCAUAUAUAAAUUUGGGAUGCUAUUAUUUCAUCGGACUUCCACUUGGAUUUGUUAUGGGCUGGAUUUUCAAAUCCGGUGUUAAGGGCAUUUGGGGAGGUAUGAUAUUCGGAGGAACUGGGAUUCAAACAUUGGUAUUGAUAUUUAUAGUUGUGAGAUGUGACUGGGAAAAAGAGGCACAAAAGGCAAGUGCGCGCGUUAGAAAAUGGUCGACCUCAAACUCAGAGGCAAUAAAUUGAAGAGCGAAAUUCCAAAAGAUCCAGCUUACAAAAACGAAAAAUUACUAUAUAAAGGUUUAAUUCAAUUGGCCUUGUCAAAUUUAUUUCUUAUGGUUGAAUCAAUAAUUUGGAUUCUAAACAGAAGAAUAUAUAGAUCUAAAUUGUAACAAUACCACUGUAAUAAGUUACAAAAAAAAAAAAACAAUACCAGAGAGAAAUUGUGUUCAUAAUGCGACAAACAAUCAAAGAUCGCAAUUGUAGUUGGAUGUUGUUCUCAUCA